AUGACUAUCCCAACCUGGAAAUCAACCGUGCACAAGAAGCGCGCAGCUCAGCUGGCCGCCAUUCCACCUGAUUGGCGUCUCCCGGAGUCCAUCACUGCCGAUCCGCCACUCAAUGCUCUUGAGGCAAUCCGCUCUUGUGAUAUUCUCACGGAGAAAGAGCAGGAAUGGACGGAGAUUAAUGAUAGUACUGUGCUGCUUUCCAUGCUGGCGAACCGUGAGAUUAGCUCCGUUCAGCUUACGACGGCGUUCUGUAAGCGCGCGGCCGUCGCCCAGCAGCUUACCAAGUGCUUGACGGAGAUUUUCUUCGAUAGGGCGCUAGCACGGGCUAAGGAGCUCGAUGAUAUUUUGGAAAAGACAGGAAAGGUGACGGGGCCGUUGCAUGGGCUGCCGGUUUCAAUUAAGGAUCGGUUUGAUGUCGAGGGAUAUGAUACAACCGUUGGCUGGGUUGGGCUAGUGGGCAAACCCGCGCAAAGCUCCAGCAGUAUUGCCUUGUCGUUGGAGUCAAUGGGCGCAGUAUUGUAUGUCAAGACGAAUGUACCACAGUCUUUGAUGAUGUCUGAUUCCUACAACCAUGUGUUCGGACAAUCCAUCAAUGCCUUCAACAAACAACUCAUCUCCGGUGGGAGUUCCGGCGGCGAAGGCGCCCUCAUUGGCACGGGUGGCAGUGUCGUUGGUAUAGGGACAGAUAUCGGGGGCUCGAUUCGUAUCCCGGCCAAUUUGCAGGGUUUAUACUCAAUCUGUCCUACUACAGGUCGAGUGCCAUGGAACUGCUCGUUCAUGCACCAGCACUACCUUGUUCCUCCAGUCGCAGGACCCAUGGCCCGCAGUCUUUCCAGCAUUGAACAUUUCAUGCAAUCCCUCCUCGACUCCAAUCCUUGGAAUAUUGAUCCGGGCUGCAUCCCAAUUCCCUGGAGAAAGGAACUUGCAGCGAAGCCCACUGGUAAACUACGACUCGGAAUUGUCUACGACGACGGCGUGGUAAAACCACAGCCCCCAAUCGCCAGGGCAAUGCGCGAAGUUGCAAAGAAACUCAAAGAAGCUGGCCAUGAAGGGACAGAAAAAGAUGAGCUGACCAUCUCAGAACGCGAAGAGCUCGAAGAGACCAAAUGGGCCUACCAAACCAGCUUCCUCCAGCAAUGGACAUCAAGCAACAUCGACGCCCUCCUCAUGCCCGUCACGCCCUGGGUCGGCUACCGGCCAAAAUCCUGGGUCGUCAGCUCCCAGUGGCUCGGCUACACGGCUCUCUGGAACUUGCUCAACUACGCGGCUGUUACUGUUCCGGUGGCUAAAGUGGAUGGAGCACUUGAUCAGCCGGAUCAGGAGUGGUUGGAGCAUGUGCCUAGGAAUGACUCGGAUCGGUUUAAUUGGGAACAGUAUGAUCCCGACCUGGUCAAAGACAUGCCCAUCACUGUACAAAUCGUCGGAGGCCGCUUUGGCGAAGAAAAGGCCGUUUCGGUAGCCAAGGUAGUAGAUGAGGUUUUGCAGGAGCCCUAG